AUGACGAGCUCACUCUCGUUGCCGGCGUCUCUCCGCCAAUUCUUCGCUCUUUUUCCCCUCUACACCCAUGGCCCCGUCUUGUCCCCGUACACAGCGAAGCCAGUAAGGUCGCCGACGCUGUGGAUACACAGCCCGUGGGAUGCCGAGGCAGACGUUCUCAGCAGCGACGUCGAGUGUCUCAAAUGGCAGGCCUACCUCGCUCUACGCGGGGUCACCGAUGUCGAUGUCCGCUGGGAUAUGGCAUCAGAGGGUGCAAUUGAUGCGCGUCUGCCGAACCUGCAUGUACCGCCAAAGGAGGGAGAGGCUGGGGGUGGAGACUUGCUGCCCGCACACCUGAUCCGGGAGUGGGUUGACGGACGCGUCGGAGGCGGAGAAGGCCCGCUGGAGGGAUACGUCGACGAGGCGGCGCGUGACGAGGGUCGUGCGUGGGUCGCACUGAUGGAGGGGAACGUGCACGCAGCGCUGACAAUCAGCGAACCUCCGUCCUUCAACCUGUGGAACAUCCUCUCGCCGUACUCUGAGAAACCGCGUUCUGUAGAAACGAUGAUUAACCCGCCUCCGGCGCCUUUCACCGGUAUCAGCUCCCUCCUUCCACCGUAUGGCAGUCAUGUCGACCGAGCUACCAUCGAGCUGCAAUACAGAGAAGCCAUAGCAUCGCUUUCUGAGCGCCUUGGCACGGACAAGUGGUUCCUCGGCUCCACUGGUCCUACUGCACUCGACGCGCUCAUCUUCGCCUAUCUGCAUCGCAUCCUGCACGCGAAAGAUAACACGAUACGCUUCGAGGUCACCCGACGCGUCAACCUGGUUGCUUGGGAGCGCCGCGUCCAGAGCCAAGUGCGCGCUGCGUUCCAACGCAUCGCUCCGUGA